AUCUUAUUUCUUAUUGAGUAAUGAGAAUUGAAAAGGUAUUGAACUAUUGAGGUUAUUAAAGUAAUCCUAAAUCUAGUAUAUAGUGAAAUCUGCACUAAUUUCUUAAACCAAUUAAUACCUUAAAUAGUAAAUAAUCUGUUCAUUUAAACAUGGAUUCUCUUGCAACGGGAUCCUUAAGUGGUGCACAGAAAGAAGAACUGAUGGACCAGGUCAAGCAACAAAUAGCAAUAGCAAACGCACAGGAAUUGCUCACGAAAAUGUCAGAGAAAUGUUUUAAAAAGUGUAUAAACAAGCCAGGUAUUUCCUUGGAUAAUUCGGAGCAAAAAUGUAUAGCAAUGUGCAUGGACAGAUAUAUGGAUGCUUGGAAUUUAGUAUCCAGGACUUACAGCAGUCGUAUACAACGAGAACGGAGCAACAUGUGAAAAAUAUUCAAAAGUUUUUUAAACUAAGCCAUUACAGUGUUGUGUACAUUUAAUAAAAAAUAUAGAUAGUUAUCUUAGCAAAGGAUGAUAUAAAUUGUGAUUUGUGGCUGUCUCUUGUUGUGUUAAAUAAAAAUUAUUCUCAUUUCAA